UCUUCUACAAUCGGUGUCAAAACCAGCCAAUGAUGUCCUUCCAUACAACAAACAACAUACAGUUCAUCACCGUUGUCCUAGUGACUUGUUGAUAUUUGCCAUGUUGAAAUUCCUCCCUGGUACAAUUUUCCCUCCGCGGAGAAAUUCGCGCCUGGGAGGAAAAACCAAAACUCCCAGGAGAGCAAAAAGCCUGGCAACCGCCCGCCGUCGAAUUUCGUCCAGAGAGAAAAUCAUCAACAAACAACAACAAAUAAACAAAGCAACGAAAGGGGCGGGUUCCACAAAACAAAAGAAGAACACCAACUCAAGGGAUUAGAAAUGGGAUUCAAGGACAAAUUAAACCAGAUCUUGUACGCAUUCUCAACCGAGGACAGGUACGCGGAGUAUGAUGCUAGCCGCUCUAACAAUAACCGAGCAGAACCACGUACUCAUACACGUACCGUGUCGAGAAAUGGGAUUCAGCUUGGUGACGCCUCAGGCUUCGGCGACGAGGAGAACCCACAGAGCACCAACGCGGAGGGGCUCAGUGAAACGAUUCUGGCGUGGAGAAUCAUAGAGACGUGGACCUCGGAACACCACGUUGAUUUGGAUGCAACGCUUGCGGAGCCUUGCACGAAAGCUGACAUUGCUGCCGCUGAGAAUGACUUGGGAAUCCAGUUCCCAGCACCUGUCAGAGCGUCUCUUCGUUUACACGAUGGUCAGGUUGAUUUGGAUAGCAUGCCAGGUACUGGUGGAUUGUUCUAUGGAAUGCAACUCAUGGCUAUUGACGAAAUUGUCGCCAUGACAAAGACAUGGAGAACAGUUGCGGAAAGAAUGGAAUUGGACUUGAAAGUGAAGCAAAACAUUGCUGCCAGACAGCAGUUGAUCUCCCCAACCGGAUCAUCUGGUGAACUUGAUAAGACCGCUACGUUGGUGGAAACCCAACCUGGUUACAAGAAAGUUGACACCGUUGGUGCAUCCCCAGAUCCCGAAUUGGAGAAGAGAAUCUCUUCAAGCGCAAAUGGUAGUAAGUUUAAGAAGGACUUGCCGCAGCAGAAAUCAUUCCCACCAGGUGCGGUUGAACCGGUUUAUGCUCACCCUAUGUGGAUUCCAUUGGUUACCGACUUGGCAGGUAACAACAUUGGUGUUGAUUUGGCCCCUGGGCCAAAUGGUAAAGUUGGGCAAGUUAUUGUUUUUGGAAGAGACUUUGACGUGAAAUUUGUACUGGCAAAUCACUGGGGUGACUUCUUGCUCAUGUUUGCCAACGAUUUGGAGGCAGGUAACUACGAGUUUAUCAACGUUAUUGAUGACGUCUUGGGUGGUGAUGGAGAGUUGUCCUUCAAGGAUAAGAAAACUGGUCGUGAAGCAGCCUAUCUCAGAGUAUUAACUGACAGAGCUAUUGCGAAGUACAGAUCACAAAUGCCACCACAGAGUAAACAACAACAACAACAGCAGCACCAAAAACCACACCUGGAGAAGCCUUUAGUUGCUGAACCGGCCAAGGAGAGGGUAAUCUCUCGUGACAUUACAGAUAAGAACAAGGAGAAUGAGCUGGAUGCAGAACCAGUUAAGGAGGAUAAGGAAGAAGUUGAAGUCAUCGAAACUCAGAAUACCGAGGAAGAAUUGGGUAAAAGUGAAGAUAAAGAUUCGAAAGACGCAGAAGAAGUUCAAAUAAAGGAGACUAAAGAUAACGAAGAUGAAACUGUCGAUGGAUUCAACGAGAUUAAGAUCUAACUAUGAUAAUGAUUGCGACGAUGAUGUUGUGUGUUUUGUCCUUUUAGUAUUGUUGCUUUGUGCGUCUAGCACCCUGAAUAUGUCAUCUCUUUGCUCACAUAUAAUUCCUACAUUCAAGCUCAAAGUAUGAUACCAAUGAUCGUUAAAGAACACUAUACUUUUUUAUUCUUAUACAUGUUUUAUGAUUCUAUUAUAGUUGUUAUAUAAUCAUAAAAUUUGUACUAAUCAUUAUUAACA